AUGCAUGGACAGAUGUUUUUAUCUGCUAGAAUGUACAGAGGAUACUUUGCAAGACCCAAUAGCAUGCCAGAGCACAGAGACAUGUAUGCACUGAUACAAGAAACAGAAAAUCCUGCAAAAACAGAGAAAGUCCUAAGCAGGCUGUACUUUCUCCUGGAGUACAUGCAACCACAGGAAACAGCUAGCCUUGAUGUAUCGCUAAAUAAUUUUGGUGUCUUUGAUGUCUUUUGGGAUAUCAUAAAGUGCAGCAUUAUUUCCGUCUUUAUCAUUUUAAUGGGCAUCCUUAGAUGCCACCUAUCAUUACGGCCUAAACUCAGAAACUAG